UACAAAAGCGCGGGCGAUAUUUGGCAAUUCAAAAGAACAUCCCUGCCAAAUAUCUGGUUGCGGUAAGUCGAAAUGUAUAAGAGUGAAAGGAAAAAUCGGAGCUUAUGAUGACUAGAGACAACUGUCGAUGCAAUGCAUGCGUAAACCAAGAUACUAUGCAGAGAGGAUUCAACACAUUUGAGAUCCCACAAGAUAUCCGGCCACUGCACAUCGAGAGCCGCGAGGCGGGAGUUGUUGUUCGAUGGUCCGACAACUCGCACGAAAGCUUCUACCCGUGGGACUUUAUUGAGUAUUACUUGACAGAAGAUCAACCGAAAGCGGAGGAAACGCAAAUCAAUACAUUCGAUUCCAAAGGUAGCGCUCUGGCAAAGCGAUGGCCACCAUCCGUGAGCAGCAACGAUAUCGAGAAGGACGAGAAGGAUGCGAUUGGGCGUUUAACAGGCUACAUUAGAAAAUAUGGGUUUGGCUUCAUUACUGAUGUGCCGUAUGACACGGCAGAGCCCAGUCAAAAGUUGCUGGAGAAGAUUGCUUUCAUACGAGAAACACACUACGGUGGCUUCUACGACUUUAUACCUGAUCUCGCCCUUGCUGACACGGCCUAUACAAACAUUGCGUUAGCAGCACACACUGACACCACUUACUUCUCUGACCCGGCAGGGCUGCAGGCUUUUCAUCUUUUGUCACACGUUGACCCUUCUGCCAAAGAUGGAAAGGCCACGCUAGGGGGUCAAUCACUUCUGGUCGACGGGUUCUGGGCUGCAGCUUUGCUUAGAGACGAAGAUCCAAAAGCAUGGAAUGUGCUGAGCCGCGUCAAGCUACCAUGGCAUGCUAGCGGCAACGAGGGCAUCACCAUCUCACCCGAUAAGCUUUACCCCGUGCUGGAGGUAGACGAGGCCACGGGUGAGUUACAACGUGUAAGGUGGAACAAUGACGAUAGAGGUGUCGUCCCUUUCCAUAGCGAAUAUUCACCAGAGGAGUGGUACGAUGCUGCCAGAAAAUGGGAUGCCAUCUUGAGGCGCAAAUCGGUAGAAUACUGGUUUCAGCUUACACCUGGUAGCCUUCUUGUCUUUGACAACUGGCGAGUCUUGCAUGGUCGCAGUGCAUUCACCGGCGUGAGACGGAUUUGCGGUGGUUACAUCAAUCGAGAUGAUUUCAUCUCACGGUGGAGAAACACCAACUAUCCUCGCGAGGAGAUCAUGCGAAGGGUAGUCGGCUGAUUCCAGUUCACUGCAAGUGCAAUGCAAAGUAAAUACACAGCUGGGCUUCUUCAUGAGAUGAAAGCGCAAUUAGAACCACUAUUUUGGCUGCGUCUAUCAGUUGCGGGCCUC